AUGUCAUCCGACCAAGCCCGAUUAAUGAUCUGGAGUACGCCGAGAUCAUUAUCGACUGCGUUCACCCGUUCGAUGUCAGCCCGAGGUGAUACCAAGAUCUUCUGGGAGCCUUACCUAAACUGUUAUAGUUAUGGUCCUGAUAGAACAUUGCAUUGGGCAGAUGACAUACCAGGAGUGCUUAAUGACAAGUACACGUUUAACUACGUGAAUGAUAUGAUGGAAAAAUUUCAACCAGACUCAAAAGUUCUCUUCGCCAAAUGCAUGAUCGAGGGGAUCACCGGUAAUUUUGACGCCGUUGCACCUGGUUAUAAACACACUUUCCUCAUCCGACAUCCACUAAAGAUGUACAUAUCCUUUGAGAAACUCUGCGAAAAUUUAGUUCCGAUCGACUACAAGACCACAUUCAAGAACAUCUAUCAGGAACUGGAGAAGUUUUAAGACCACGUGAUCAAUGAGCUUGGCCAAUCAGCGCCUCCGAUCAUUGACGCUGACGAUCUUCUCGCGCAACCUAAAACGGUGCUUUCAAAGUAUUGCGAGAUGAUUGGUAUUCCAUUCACACCUAAGAUGUUAAAAUGGGAUCGUGUAGAGAAUCUUUCCGUUCUUGAGUGGGAAUUCACGGAUGUUGGAGCAAUCACAAGACCAGAACAUACUGAGGGUCUUUCAAUAUCAAAGGCUUUACAGAGUACAGGUUUUGGAGAUGGCUCAAGGAAGAAAACAAAUGAUUCCAGCAAAGAUUAUUCUGAUGACGUGGAAGAGUGUGCAGAGCAUGCUUUGCCUGUAUACGAGAGAUUAUAUGACCUCCGAAUCAAACUUCGAUAAAAACGAUGCACUCUAACUUCUAAACGGUCUAGUUAUAUUCCAACAAAGAUAUACAUUUAUCAUGAGAUUGACUUGGAAUUAUUACCCUGACUCACUUAGGUUGGUUGUUUGAUAUCAUUUUCAUUCCGUUAAUACCUUCAAAUACUGAAAUUAUCGUUAUUUAUAUCCCUUUUCUUUGCUUUUCCAAUUAUCUGAAUGCUUAAGUAGUACCCCCUCCCUCAUUGACUGUAAUUGAUUAUGGCAAAAUAUUUUUUUUCUCCAAUCUGUAGAUCGUGUAAUUCCAUACCUGCUGAUUUAUUAAUAAUGUAUUCAAUUAAUAUUCAUCUUUGUUAAGACUCAUCUUAGUUAUUUCUCUCAUAUGCUGUUUGUAUUAACACUGUUGCAUCGCUUGUACAUGUUUGGGUUAUUUGAUAUUCAUUGUAUGAUUGGACAAACAAAUAUUUCAUGCCUAUUCUAUAUGUGUUCUAAUUUUAUGUAAAUAAAUGUUAUGAAUAUAAGUUAUACUUAUCAUUCAGGACCAAGAAAAUAAACACUAUACCCUAAUGUUAUCAUGUUAAGAUAUGUUCGAAUGAAUUUAAAAGAUGACUCUGGUGAAAGAAAAAAAAGUCAUUUUAUGACAAGAUUAAUUUGGAUAUUUGAAGGGAUCGGAUACUGUUAGCACUAACUUUGUCAAAAGAGAUCCUAUAUUAUGAACCAUAAAUCUAUAUGUGACCUUUCUCCUACUGUGAUCAAAUAUUAUCUGAUAUUAUAUUUACAUAAAGAUGGGUUGGUAAACAGCAUCUAGAACCGAUACACAAUUUCUUACACUCUACAUGUAUUUCUAGCCUUAGUGAGUUAACAACGCCUGCUGUAUCUUCAUCUUAAAGUAAGUGUUUUUUUUUUCUAUACUAGAUUAUUGUUAAAAAUGGCUUCAAACGUGCUAUAAAGUAUGAGAAACAAAUAAUAAAAUAGCUUUGCCUUUCAGUUUAAAGCACUGGUAUAGUUUAUCGUACUAUGCCAUAUUUCUUUCGUUGUAUAAUAACGUGUUUGCGUUUGUUCUUUUAACAUUUUGUUACCUCCUAAAGAGAUUUAUACUUGCACAUAAUAGGUUAGUUUUCAUGGAGAGGGAAUUCACAACAACGUACCUUUGUUGCUUUGAACAUGACAUGCAUGAGCAACUGUUUUCAGUAAUAGAUAAUAUAGAUCUCUCUAAUUUCAAUGUGUAUUCAAUUCGCACUCCAGUACCUUGAAAUACAGUCAUCGCCCAAGUCAUGGGCACAUCCAGUAUUUAAAUAAAGAGGCACUGAAAACAUGGCGAAUUUAUUACUAUUUUAUGGCAAGUAAACAACUUGUUAGAACUCCUCAAAAAGGUCACAAUUGCCUUAAAAUGACCAGCAAAAAUGAGUAAAAAUACAAAUCUCCCUAUUAAGCAAAAGGGCACUUAUCACUAUGGAUAUGCGCCUAUAAUUCUAACCAGGGGCGGAUCCAAGAUUUUCCAAAAAGGGUAGGGGGCAUUUUCCAGAGGAAA